GUGAUGUGAGCAAAGCACAAGACGGCCACCGCCCCCCCCCCCCCCUUCUCCCCCUACCUCUCUGUUCUUUUGCUUGUCGCUGCCAGAUAUUGGACACAGAUCGACGAUCGAAAUCAGAGAAAAUCUCCCACCACAAAUGGGUUUCUGCUUUCGAUCCAUCGCUUCUUCCGGCAUUGUGGCUGUGUUCUUGUUCUGCUCCCUCUGCUUCACUUCAACAGAUGCUUUUGAUCCCCUUGAUCCAAACGGAAAUAUUACAAUUAAGUGGGACGUUAUAAGUUGGACUCCUGAUGGCUAUGUUGCUGUUGUUACAAUGUACAACUUCCAGCAAUAUCGUCACAUUCAAGCUCCAGGAUGGACACUAGGCUGGACAUGGGCAAAGAAGGAGGUAAUAUGGAGCAUGAUGGGAAGCCAAACCACAGAGCAAGGAGAUUGUUCAAGAUUCAAAUCAAACAUUCCGCAUUGCUGUAAGAAGGAUCCUACGGUUGUGGACUUAUUGCCAGGAACUCCAUACAACCAGCAGAUUGCAAACUGCUGCAAGGGGGGAGUAAUUAACUCAUGGGUACAAGAUCCAGCCAAUUUUGCAAGCUCAUUCCAGGUUAGUGUUGGUGCAGCUGGAACCACCAAUAAAACAGUGAGAUUACCCAGGAACUUUACCUUGAAAGCACCAGGCCCAGGUUAUACGUGUGGUCCAGCAAAGAUUGUUAAACCCACCAAAUUUGUUUCCUCAGAUGGAAGGAGAAUCACACAAGCUAUGAUGACUUGGAAUGUUACGUGCACGUACUCACAGUUCCUGGCUCAGAAAACUCCUACUUGCUGUGUUUCACUCUCAUCUUUCUAUAAUGAUACGAUAGUACCUUGCCAGACAUGCACAUGUGGCUGUCAAAACAACAAAACUCAACCAGGGAGCUGUGUGGACCCGAACUCGCCAUAUUUGGCUUCAGUUGUUUCAGGAGCUGGCAAGAAUAGCUACACACCCUUGGUUCAGUGUACCAGCCACAUGUGCCCUGUCCGAGUCCACUGGCAUGUCAAAGUUAACUACAAGGAAUACUGGCGAGUGAAGGUCACUAUCACAAACUUCAAUUACAGGAUGAACUACACACAGUGGAACUUAGUUAUCCAACACCCCAACUUUGACAACCUUACUCAGAGUUUCAGCUUUAACUACAAGCCGUUAACUCCUUACGGAACCAUAAAUGAUACUGCCAUGCUAUGGGGAGUGAAGUUCUAUAAUGACUUGCUAUCGCAAGCUGGCCCUCUUGGUAACGUACAGUCAGAGUUCCUCUUCCGUAAGGACGCAUCAACUUUCACUUUCGAGAAGGGGUGGGCUUUUCCUCGAAGAAUCUAUUUCAAUGGUGAUAACUGUGUCAUGCCACCUCCUGAUGCCUACCCAUAUUUGCCCAACGCCAGUCCCCGGCAAAAUAUCUCUAUACUUUCCCUAUUGCUGGCCCUGUUCGUGUCUCUGACAUUCUCCUGCCUAUACAUUUAAGAAUCUUCUCUCCACCCUCGUGCCCAGUGGAAGCAAAAAAUCUUGUCUUAAAAACUUCUGCUGGGUACAUCUGGCCCCAGAUCCUACUUAAGCUGAUUGAGGAGUUCAUGUCUGGUGUGUACAAGGCAGUGCAGGUUCAGGUUUGCCGUCGGUGGGAACGGACUACCUUUCUCGUUUUGAUGGUAAAUUUUCUACCGCUUUGGUACUAUGUAAUAGUGUCUUGGUUGUUAAUUGCCUGUAUUUAAUCAUUUUGUUUGUAGAGUUUCAGCUUCUAGUUACAGUUGUAAUGAGAAUAAGAACCAUUAAAAUAUAAUUCAUCAAUGUUUGCAAUUCGUUUCAUAUAUAA